AUGGAAGAACUUCUUGCUCGUCAAAAGGAGAUAAUAGAAUCUAUCAGAACAAUUCACAGGAAUUUUAAUAAGGAUUCGUCCUCGAGAAAGACGGAAGACUACCUACAAAAAAGGGUAAUCGCCCUUGACAGUUUAUGGGCACAAUUUGACAGCAACAAUGCUCAACUUUCUUGCUCUGAAUAUGAAAAAACACAUGAUUACUAUGUAAAGAAUAUCUACAAUGACACAAAAAAUCUUUAUGACACAAUACGCAACCUGCUUAUGAACUACUUUCCCAACAUGGAAGGGGCAGGUGUGAAGCUAGCAGCAGACGAGUUGAAGAGUGAGCAGAAGUCCAAUUUUCGUGCAUUACUACGCCAAAUAAAUAAUAUUAACAUCGACAAAAUAACAGAAAAAUGGGAACUGGAAGAUGAAUUAAAAAGUUUGCAAUCACGGUGGGAGAAUAUUGACAAAUUGCAUUUAAAAAUUGACAGUGUAUCAAGCGACGGAGAUAAGAAAUAUGAAGAAGAAUAUUCUGCUUUUGAGAAGAAUUACAAGGACAUGAAACGGCUUUUAAAUAAGAACAUUUUAUCAACUGUGCAUCAAUUCGAAUCUACGCCAAAAUUAGAAGUUCCACCGUUCCAUGGGGACUAUACACAAUGGCCUACGUUCCUGGACCUGUACAAAAGCAGUAUACAUGACAACUUUUCCUUGACAAACGCACAGAAAAUGCAGCAUUUGAAGGGAAAGUUGAGAGGCGAAGCACAACGUCUCAUUCAGCAUUUAAAUGUAUCGGCAGAUAAUUAUAUAACAGCCUGGGAAUUAUUAUACCAUCGCUAUAAUAAUAUUCAAUUACUAUUUACGAAACACGUAGAAGUAUUUCUUAACCAACGCAACGUCAACAAACAAUCAUCAUCUGAGCUUAAGCGCCUGCAUGACACUACCGUGGAGUGUAUCCAUGCUAUCCACAAUUUGGGCGUGGAUACUGCUUCAUGGGAUCCCCUUAUUGUUCAUCUCUUGCUGAAGAAAUUGGAUCCUGUAACGAGAAGUGAAUACAAAGAGUCGCGGAAGGCGCCCCGUGAUCUUCCCGAAUUGGAGGAAUUUACUUCAUUUUUAGAAACCAAAUUUAUAGCACUUGAGCCCAUACAGAAAAAAGAAAGAGAUGACUGGUUGUCGCCGAAGCUAUCAACGCCACAUAACGUGAAAGAAAAACUGACAUACAGUGGCAAUAGAUCGUCAUAUUAUAUGAAGGCUAUGAACACAACUACAGCCAAGCCACGCUGUAUUUUAUGCAACAGCAAUGAUCAUAUGUUAUAUCAAUGCCAUAAAUUUGAAAAUUUAGCUUCUAACGCUAAACUGCAAGUAAUAACCAAAAAUCAAAUAUGUAAAAAUUGUUUAUACUUCCACGAGCGGAAUGUAUGUCGAUCAAAUAAGCGAUGCAAAACGUGCAAUGGAUUGCACAAUACCUUGCUGCAUGAUGCGAUGCAUAACACAAAAACGAAAGGAUGGACUUCGCCAUCAAAACCUCAACAUCAGCGCAUGGCAAACAACGUGACAAAUAAAAAUGACGAAAUUUUAUUGGCUACCGUGCAGAUUCAAGUACGUGCUAUAGACAAUACAUACAUAAAAUUGAGAGCACUUUUAGAUCAGGGUUCACAAGCCACCCUUAUAACUGAAAAUGCCGCUCAGCGCCUUGGCCUCCCCCGUCAACAUGUGAACACAGCAGUAUUAGGAGUGGGUGAUUCGGCGAAAAAAGGCAAAGGAAAAAUACAACUGCACUGCAUGUCUAUUCAUGACAAUUAUAAUUUUACUGCGGAAGCAAUGAUAUUGACAAAACUUAUAAACAAUUUACCUCAUUCAACAUUUAAGAAAAAUUAUCAUCAUAUCGAACAUAUACAGCUCGCCGAUCCUAGCUAUAACGUUUCAAAACAAAUUGACAUUUUGCUAGGUGCACACAUUUACUCCCGAAUAAUAAUGAGCGGGUUGAUCAAAGGAUCUGAAAAUCAGCCAAUCGCUCAACAGACAAAAUUAGGGUGGAUUUUGUCUGGACCAGUACAGUCACCGCUUCAAUGCAGCGUAGUGAUCAAUAACAUUGAAGAUAUCUCUGCAUAUUGGGAGGUGGAAGAAAUAGCGAAUGCCUCUAUCACAAUGACUAGAGAAGAGCAGUUUUGCGAAGAAUUAUACGUCAAUACCACAAGGCGUCUACCAGAUGGAAGAUACGAAGUCCGUCUGCCCUUAAAGAAUAAUUUUGAAAAUGAGCUCGGCCAAUCUAAAGCCCGGGCAGCAGCACAAUUUAAACAGUUGGAAUCACGUCUAAUGAAAAAGCCACAUCUGCGUGACAGCUAUCAAAAAUUUAUGCACAAAUACAAAGAUUUAGGGCACAUGAUAGAAUGCAAGGAGCGCAAAGAGCCUAUGUGUUACUUGCCACAUCAUGAUGUAUAUCGAGAGGAGUCUACCACUACUAAACUUCGUGCAGUUUUUAAUGCUUCCUCGCCAACAUCUACGGGAAAAAGCCUCAAUGAUCUCAUGGAGUGUGGCCCAAAACUACAGAAAGACAUACAAGAUCUUUUAUUUAGAUGGCGUAUUUACCAAUACGUAUACACUGCAGACUGUGAAAAAAUGUAUAGGUGUAUACUUCUACAAGAAGAUCAGCAACAUUUGCAAAAAAUCUUAUGGAGAGAUAAUCCACAAGACAGGCUGAAAGAAUAUCAAUUAUGUACAAUUACAUAUGGCAUGAAAGCUGCGCCGUUCUUAGCUAUGCGCACUAUGCAACAAUUAGCAAGUGAUGACAAAGAGAAAUACCCAUUGGCUGCUGAAGUGUUGCAACGCCAGUUUUAUGUCGACAAUUUGCUCGGAGGGAACCACUCUCUCUCGGAUGCAAAAGAAGUUCAACAACAAUUAAUAAAAAUGUUCCAAGGUGCGAAAAUAAACUUGAGAAAAUGGUCAAGUAACUGUGCAGAACUGUUGUCGGAACUAUCAGCUGAUCAAAUCAACCCGACAACAAUGGAUUUUAAAAAUGCAAACUCAACGAAGGCGCUCGGGUUACAAUGGAGCCCCGCCACUGACAUGUUUACUUUCCGUCCAAUUGACAAUAACAAAACAAAGACAACCAAGCGAACACUUUUAUCACAAAUCUCCAAAAUAUUUGACCCAUUGGGGUGGCUAUCUCCACUCUCAAUAAGAGCCAAAUUAUUAUUCCAAAAACUUUGGUUAGUGACAAUGGAGUGGGAUGAUGAAGUUCCAUGUGACAUUUUGAAAAAAUGGAACAAACUCAGUGAUGACUUGCAGAAUGUUGACAAAUUUCAAAUCCCAAGAUGGAUUGGUAAUAUUCACGCAUCAAUAGAGAUACACGGAUUCUGUGAUGCGUCCAAACAAGCUUACGCAGCAGUGAUUUACAUAAAAACCACAAAUGACAUGAACGAAUCAAUUGUUAGAAUAUUCUGCUCUAAAACAAAACUGGCACCAUGGAAGAAUACUUUGACAUUACCACGAUUAGAACUGUGUGGCGCUCUCCUGUUAUCAAAACUAAUGCAGAAAGUUUUGAAAGCGUUUCCACACACUGACAUUUCAAUAUACGGAUGGACGGAUUCCUUAGUCGUACUGGGUUGGCUUCAAGGACAGCCGUUUCGUUGGAAGGCGUUUGUUGCUAACCGUACAAAAGAAAUCCUUGACAUUAUGCCAGUUUCGUGCUGGCGACAUGUGAGCUCAAAUGACAAUGCAGCUGAUUGCGCAACUCGCGGCCUUACCACUUCUCAGUUGACAACAUACGCUCUGGUGGAAAGGACCUGCGUGGAUCAAGAAACCAAUUUCCAAAAAUGA